GGUGGUGGUGGUGAGGGGAGCCAUGGACGAGGAAUACGACGUGAUCGUACUGGGCACCGGCCUCACGGAAUGCAUUCUCUCGGGCAUCAUGUCCGUGAACGGGAAGAAGGUGCUCCACAUGGACCGGAACCCGUACUACGGGGGUGAGAGCUCCUCCAUCACGCCCCUGGAGGAGCUCUAUAAGAGAUUCGAACUCCCAGACGGUCCUCCCGAGAGCAUGGGCCGGGGCCGAGACUGGAACGUGGACUUGAUUCCCAAGUUCCUAAUGGCCAAUGGUCAGCUGGUCAAGAUGCUGCUGUACACGGAGGUGACGCGCUACCUGGAUUUUAAGGUGGUGGAAGGCAGCUUUGUCUACAAGGGCGGCAAGAUCUACAAAGUGCCGUCCACAGAGACCGAGGCCCUGGCCUCCAACCUAAUGGGCAUGUUUGAGAAGCGCCGCUUCCGCAAGUUCCUGGUGUUCGUGGCGAACUUUGACGAGAACGACCCCAAGACCUUCGAGGGGGUCGAGCCCCAGAGCACGACCAUGCGGGACGUCUACAAGAAGUUUGACCUGGGCCAAGAUGUCAUUGACUUUACCGGCCACGCCCUGGCCCUGUACCGCACGGAUGAUUAUCUGGACCAGCCCUGUCUGGAGACCAUCAACCGCAUCAAGCUGUACAGCGAAUCUCUGGCUCGAUACGGCAAGAGCCCGUACCUGUACCCUCUCUAUGGCCUGGGGGAGCUGCCCCAAGGCUUUGCCAGGCUGAGUGCAAUCUACGGGGGGACCUACAUGCUGAACAAGCCCGUGGAUGACAUCGUGAUGGAGAACGGCAAGGUGGUGGGGGUGAAAUCAGAAGGGGAGGUGGCCCGUUGCAAGCAGCUGAUCUGCGACCCCAGCUACGUGCCAGACCGUGUGCGCAAGGCGGGCCAGGUGAUCCGUGUCAUCUGCAUCUUGAGCCAUCCCAUCAAGAACACCAACGACGCCAAUUCCUGCCAAAUCAUCAUCCCCCAGAACCAGGUCAACAGGAAGUCAGACAUCUACGUUUGCAUGAUUUCCUACGCCCACAACGUGGCUGCCCAGGGCAAGUACAUUGCCAUCGUCAGCACCACAGUGGAGACAGCUGAGCCCGAAAAGGAGAUCGAGCCGGCGCUGGAGCUGCUGGAGCCCAUCGACCAGAAGUUUGUGGCAAUCAGCGACCUGUUCGAGCCGACAGAAGAUGGAUCCGAGAGCCAGGUGUUCUGCUCCUGCUCCUAUGAUGCCACCACCCACUUUGAGACAACCUGCAAUGACAUCAAGGAUAUCUACAAGCGGAUGGCCGGGACAGACUUCGACUUUGAGAACAUGAAGCGCAAACAGAACGAUGUCUUUGGGGAGGACGAGCAGUGAUGGCGGGUGGCUUGGCCGCUCCACCCCCACCCCCUCUCCCGGCACCCCUUUCCCAGCCCCCCUCUCAUCUUCUGUUUCGGUCUUUCUCAGAAAUCCCCGGGCCUUUGCCUGGCCCUCUCCUCUCUCCGCCACUCUCACUUUUCCUCUUUGAUGUAGCGGAAGGAGAGAAGGUGGCCUGUAUUCAUUCCCUCCCUCCCCUUGCUCCUUCCCUCUGCCUGGCUGAGUUCCCCUCUCGCCCAUCUCUUCCUUUUUGUUCUCAUAGGGCAGCGCUCUUAUUCUAUUUGGUGACCAAACCCCUCUGCCCUACCCUGUAAUCUCCCCUAACUCCCUGGGGCAGAAUGGGGCUUGUGAUCAGAGGACCAAGGCAUCUUCCCCUUUGAUUAGAAAGUCAGGUCCCAGAAGGCAGUGGUCUCCAUUCACGAGUACCGUCACCUCGCCAUUCCCUCCCCACCAACCCCAGCCCAUCUGCGAUGUGGGCUUGAUGGAUGGUGGGGACAGAUAGCUAGGUGGUCUUCCUUCUUCCCCAAAUCUUGUUAAAUUGCAACGGCAGCCACUGCCCCCUCUCCCCUCAUGCUGGGGCCCCUUCUCCCCAUUUGACGCCCCUCCCUUCCAUACCCCCAGAAGAAAGCUGGAUUCACUGUUGAAAAUCAGAGAAAAAUUGUGGGGACGGGGGGGUGGUGUUCCUCGGGUUGAGCUCAGCAUUGCCUAGCCUUUCGCGGUGCUGCCAGGAUCCGGGGGCUUGACUCCUUGGCUCCCCCCGACACCUCCCCUCCUCAUCUCUCUCCACCUCGGGAGAUUUUCCUCCUGUCAGAGGGAAAGGACUCUCGGCCCCUCUCUGCCCUCAGUGCCCUCUGAGUUUGGGUGCUUUCUGCUGCCCCGAGGGAAGGCGGUAGAGACGGUGUUCCCAGAUGGUGGGCACCGUCAUCCAGGGCUGCGGGUGCUGGCUGGGGUUCAGGUCCAGUCUUCCAGUCAGUCCCGGGAAAACCCUAGAUGGAUGCCUGGAGGUGAUGGGGCAGAGGUGGAUGAAAGGGGAAAUGAGCCUGGGGGACCAAAGGUACGGCGGCAGCGCCGCCCUUGGCUUUGCCGCCCCUCAAAUUUCCGAGGGUCGAAAAAAGGAAUAGUGUGUGUGUACCCCCGCUGGCGUGCUCUUUCUCUUUCGCCCCCUCCCUCUCAUCCUGCUAAGGGAGGAGGUAGAAAGUCAGCCGGGUGUGGGAUGGUGGCACCAGCUCCUCCAUUUUUUUUUCCCCUUUCUUCCCUCUCGUGCCACUUCCGAGCUUGGGACCCCCCCUCUCUUGAUGUCGGAGAUUUCCUGGCUUCUCAGGCGGAAGCCACCCGACUCAUUCCCGCCGGGUCACCCGGAUUCCGCCCCUCCACCCUAGUUUAGUCAUUUGCCAGCUGCCCCCCACUACCAACUGUAACUCAUGUAGCCCUAACCGACCUUUCCUUCUGCUCUGUUCUGAGCUUCUCUCUUGAGUGCUGGAAGAUGGGAAGAGGGAGGGAAGAGAAGACGUAUUUAACCUUUCCACUCCUCGGACUAGGACCCCUCCUCAAUCCCUUCACCUAAUUUAUUUUAACUUAUUAACAAUCGGUCCGUAGAAUCAUCCUAACCCCUUGAGCACAAGGUUGGGAGGGUUGGGGAGGGCAAGACGGCUACUCUGCCCUAGUCCCUUCUAUACUGUUUUGAGUUGAGGCUGUUUCAAUCUCAUUUAUCCAAUCCUCCCUUCUAGGGAUGGGGGGGGACCUGGCUGGGGUCCCGGAUCCAUAGCUGCUUUCCACCCCAACUUUUCCCUGCCCUUUCCCAUUGAAGCAUAGUAAGAGUGAAUGGGUGAUGGUGAGUUUGGGGGUCAGGGGUGGGCUGGCUGCUAGGUACCUGCCCCUGCCUAGGGGUGGGAGUGUGGGGGGGUGGCUGGGGAGGGUGUUUGUAUUUUUUUUUUUUUGGGUGGGGUCAAACUGUGUGUGUUGUCCUCUAUUCAUUUCUGGAAGAGAAAAGGAGAAAAAAAAAACAGGGGUAGGUGGGGAAAUGGAUACCCUUCCCCCCUCCCCUCCCAAACACUACUUGGGGAAUUUUUCUUGCAAAGUGAAUGUGUCUCUCCUCCCCAUUUACUGUGUAUUUGACAAAAAAUAAAUUACAAAUGAAAAAAAGACUGUGGAAGAA